UCUUUCUCGCUUUCACCUAAAAACCCAACCACUUGCCGUUCCUCAUAACCACGUUACCUUCUUCUAAUAAUAAAAGUCCACAGCGGGUGGAAAAAGACCUCUCUCUCCUGCUGAAGCAGUGGUGGUGGGAUGGAGUCGGUGACGGUCGAGACCAGCGACGGCGUCACGCUGCACUCGCGGCUCUUUAAGCCGUCGGACUCCCCCAUCAGCGACCUCGUCGUCGUCCUCGUGCACCCCUACACCGUCCUUGGAGGCUUCCAGGGCCUCCUCCGGGGGAUCGCCACCGGGCUCGCCGAAAGGGGAUACCGGGCCGUCACCUUCGACAUGAGGGGCGCUGGCCGCUCCUCCGGCCGGGCAUCUUUCUUCGGCUCCGCUGAGAUCCAGGACGUCAUCGCCGUCUGCAAGUGGGUCUCCGAUACCCUCUCCCCUCGCGGCAUCGUCUUGGUCGGCUCCUCCGCAGGUGCCCCAGUUGCUGGCUCAGCCGUAGAUAAAAUAGACCAAGUUGUUGGUUAUGUGAGUAUAGGCUAUCCUUUUGGGUUGAUGGCUUCCAUCCUUUUCGGGAGGCAUCAUGAAGCGAUCCUGAAGUCGGAGAAACCGAAGCUAUUUAUCAUGGGAACAAAAGAUGGGUUCACAAGCGUAAAGCAGCUUCAAAAUAAGCUUAAAUCUGCUGCUGGCAAAGUUGAUAUCCACCUGAUCGAAGGAGUUGGUCAUUUUCAGAUGGAGGGGCCUGCUUUUGAUACUCAGAUGGUUGGUUUCAUAUCCACAUUUGCUCAGUCCCUGCAGGGAUAGCAGUUCAGGUGCAAGCUAUAGAAUGAUAUCUCUACUCUCCAGGUGUGAAAUUGCCACUGAAAUGUCCUGUUUAUGAUUUCAUGACUUGUCAGGAAGCAAUGUAUCAGUGAAAUUUUAGAGAACAUGUCUACUGUAACUUAUGGCAUUAGAUGGAAGAGCAGGUGGUCAAUGUUUUCCGGUUCCUGAAUCUUAAA